AUGGAGAAGAAUCACGUCAUACAGACUGUCAUGGUCAGACCAAUGAUGAAAGAUUAUAACGGACCGAUUAUCCACAAGAGCGAGAAAAUAUUAAUGGACGAAAGCCUUGAGAAGGAAUUCGCCACCAGUACCACUGCACACGGCUUUGCCAGGGCAGCGGCAUCUAAGAGCAUCUCUAGAAGAAUCGCCUGGGUAGUCUUCAUUUUGGCGGGAUUGGGGAUGGCCACGUGGAUGAUCAGCCUGCGCUUUAUCAACUACUUUAACUACUCCACAUCCACGGAGAUCAAAAUCACCUUUGAACCUACGCUGGCGUUCCCGGCGGUUACCAUAUGUAACUUUAACAGGUACAUGAAGAAAUUCCUCACAAUAAACGACUAUUACGUCAUACAAGCGGCAAGUGCGUCAUCAGAUUACUACGAAAACUAUGAAAACAAUUACUAUGGUUAUGGCAGCUACGAUUAUGGAUCGUCGAGUUAUUCAGGACCUUCUGGCUCUACCGGAUCGUUGGGCUAUUCUAGCAAUUCGGACUCAACUGGAUCGUCGGGCUAUUCUAACAAUUUGGGCUCUAGCGGAUCUUCGGGCUAUCCUGGGCCUUCGGGAUACGCCGGUUCCACGGACUCUGCCGGAUCUACGGGCGCUUCUGGGUCAUACCGUUCUACUGGCAGCUACGGCUCCUCUGCUCAGUCCGGAAAUGCUGCUUCCUCUAGAUCAGCUGCUUCCAACGCUGUUGCUGAUUUAGUGGAUGGAAUGUGGGCGAAUAUAUCAGAACUGUAUCCAAACGGAUUCGAUUUUGGGAACUUCAGCAUGGAAAAGGGCUGGCAGUUGACCAAUGAAACUGUAUUGAAAUGUGAGUUUAAGGGAAGGUCGUGUGACCUUGACAAGGAUUUCCAACAUGUCUUCUCUUCCUAUGGGAACUGUUACACUUUCAACGGUGAACUCCAUGCGAGAAGAUCGAGAUAUCAGGACCAACCGGGGCUUGGUAACGGCCUGCACUUGGUUCUUAAUGUAGAACAGAACGAGUAUUUGGACGAUGUUCCCGACGAAACGGAACAAAUCGGGAUUGUAUUCCAAGUCCAUUCCCAGUAUGAGCCGCCACUGAUGGAGACUAAAGGGUUGGGGGUUUCUCCAGGAUUUCACGCUUUUGCCGGGUUGAAAAGAUUGCAGACCGUCAAUAUAGAGCCGCCGUGGGGGAAGUGCAACAAAUCUCUGCGUCUGAACCAUUACCCCCAGUACACGUUCUCUGGGUGUAUCAUUGAAUGUAAACUUCAGAAGACUGUGGAAAAGUGCGGCUGUAAACCUUUAGAAUACCCAGCCCGCGGGAAAUUCAAGAAUGUGUACAAGAAGAAAUGCAUGGAGGUCAUGCGAAUUCUAACAACGUCUUUAGGAUUAGUUGUCUUUGAAAAUCAUAAUGCAGAGUAG